AUGUUUGGAUUAAAGAAACGAAAGCUGUUUGGUGUUCUCUCGGUACCGGUCAUUGUGGCAGUGAUGUGUUGUGCACAGAGCGCAAAUGAGCCUGGGAACAUGUCUUUUGUCAAAGAAACAGUGGACAAACUCCUAAAAGGAUAUGACAUUCGCCUUCGCCCAGACUUUGGAGGAGCGCCGGUGGCAGUUGGAAUGAGUAUAGACGUGGCGAGUAUAGACAUGGUGUCUGAAGUCAAUAUGGACUACACGUUGACCAUGUACUUCCAGCAGUACUGGAGAGACAAACGCUUGGCUUACGCGGGGAUUCCCCUCAACCUCACCCUGGACAACCGGGUGGCUGACCAGCUAUGGGUGCCGGACACCUACUUCCUGAACGACAAGAAGUCGUUUGUGCACGGCGUCACAGUGAAGAACCGCAUGAUCCGCCUCCACCCGGACGGAACCGUCCUCUACGGGUUGAGAAUCACCACAACAGCUGCCUGUAUGAUGGACCUGAGGAGGUACCCUCUGGACGAGCAGAACUGCACUCUGGAGAUUGAGAGCUAUGGCUACACGACAGAUGACAUUGAGUUUUACUGGAAAGGAGGAGACAAUGCCGUGACUGGAGUCCAGCGCAUCGAGCUGCCGCAGUUCUCCAUAGUGGACUACAAGCUGGUCUCCAGGAAUGUUGUCUUUUCCACAGGUGCCUACCCACGACUGUCUCUGAGCUUCAAGCUGAAGAGGAACAUUGGCUACUUCAUCCUGCAGACGUACAUGCCCUCCAUCCUAAUCACCAUUCUGUCCUGGGUCUCCUUCUGGAUCAACUAUGAUGCCUCGGCUGCCCGCGUGGCAUUAGGUAUCACCACCGUGCUGACCAUGACCACCAUCAACACGCAUCUCAGAGAGACGCUACCUAAGAUCCCGUACGUCAAAGCCAUCGACAUGUACUUGAUGGGCUGCUUUGUCUUCGUCUUCUUGGCCUUGCUGGAGUACGCGUUUGUCAACUACAUCUUCUUCGGGAGAGGGCCACAGAUGCAGAAGAAGCUGGCGGAGAAAGCGGAGAAGGCGAACAACGACCGCACGAGAUACGACGGCAACCGGUCCGUUCAGGAGGGGGGCAAUUGCAAGCCAUCAUCUGUUAAACAGUCCAAUCAGGUACAAGGCCACCGUCACUCCCAAGGGGUGGACGCCCAGGGCAACAUCCUCCUGACCACCCUGGAGAUCCACAACGAGGUGGCCAGCAACGAGAUCACCACCACGAGCUUGAGCGAGACGCGCAACUCCUCCUCCAUGGUCUUCGACAACUCAGGGAUCCAGUACCGGAAACAGAGCGCUCCGCGGCACGAAGGCCGGCACAGCAUGGAGCGCGGCGGCGGUGGCGGCCUCCACGGCAAGAAGCCGCGGCUGCGCCGACGCUCCUCGCAACUCAAGAUCAAAAUCCCCGACCUCACGGACGUGAACUCCAUCGAUCGAUGGUCACGGAUAAUAUUCCCCUCCGUGUUCUCACUCUUCAAUUUGAUUUACUGGAUGUACUACGUGAAUUAA